CGCGCGGAGUGGCUGCGGCAGUCAGGCAGUGCGUCUCAGGCAGCCAGCAGCGAGCGAGUGGUGCCGACUGACUGCGCUUCGGCCGUGCAGGCAUGGGUGCGGAAACGACGGGACCUCCGUGGACUGCGUCGCCGCGGCCCGGGAACUGAGUCCGCCGUCGUAGGCCUCUACGCGCUGUCCCCGCCCAACGCCAUGAAGCGCGCCGAGGCCGCCGCCGUCGCCGAGGAGGGCAGGGAAGCCGAGGCCGCCGCCAGCGGUGACGGAGGCAAGCAGGCCGAGGCCGCCGUCAGGGAAGGCCAUGGCCCGGGGGCCGAGGACGUCAACGGAGAGGAGGCUGAGGACGUCCGCGCGGAUGCCGCCACCCUGGCCGAAGAGGAGGCGGUUCUCAGGCAGGACGAGGGCGACGACGUCCCCACGGAGCAGGCCGAGCAGGAGAGGCUGUACAGUGGAGCGAACGGCGGCGUCGAGAAGCCGUCGCUGCCGGCGGAGAAGUUCGACUUCUGGGCGCUGCCGCUGCGCGCCAAGCUGCGCUACAUCCGGAAGAACGUCACGGUGGAGCCCAUGCUGGCCAUGUUCACCAUCCCCAGCGUGCUGGCCAGCCUGGCCACGCAGAACCUCAACCUGGAGAAGGCCUGCCGCGUCAACCUGCGCUACGACGACGUGGUCUGCGACGCCCUCACGGCACGCAUGACCGCCAACUACACCCUGGAGGAGACCGAGGUCCAGAAGCUGACGGCCACCAUGGCGGGCUGGAAGGCCUUCAUCCAGAGCUCGCUGCCCGCCCUGCUGCUGCUGUUCGUGGGCUCCUGGUCGGACCGCCACGGGCGCCGCAAGCCCUGCAUGCUGCUGCCCAUCGUGGGCGAGCUGCUCACCAGCCUCGGCCUCCUCGUCUGCACCUACUUCUUCCACGAGCUGCCCCUCGAGGCGGCCACGUUCACCGAGGGCGUGUUCCCCGCCAUGACGGGCGGCUGGACCACGAUGCUCAUGGCCGUGUUCACGUACACCGCCGACGUGACCACCGAGGCCGAGCGCACGUUCCGGGUGGGCAUCGUCAACCUGUGCUUCUGCCUCGGCAUCCCCAUCGGCAUGGCGCUGUCCGGCGUCGCCUACCGCCUCAUCGGGUUCUACGGCGUGUUCUCGCUGUCGGCCAGCAUGUACGUCUGCAGCUUCUGGUGGGGCUACACGCAGGUCGCGGAGGAGCCCCGAAAGUGGGCGGGCGACGGGCCGCCGCCCCACGGCGUCCUGGGCUUCCUCAAAGACUUCUUCGACGUGCGGCGUCUGCUGGAGACGGUGCGCGUCGUCUUCAAGAAGGGCGAGAACAACCGGCUCGUCAAGGUGGUGCUGCUCAUGUUGGUGGUCAUGAUGGUCAUCGGUCCCAUGCACGGUGAGCACACUGUGUUGUACCUGUUCCUCCGACUUCGGUUCAACUGGGACGAGCUGAACUUCAGCUUCUUCGAAACUUACACCGUCGUCGUGAACCUCGUGGGCACCAUGCUGGCCGUGGGGGUGCUCAGCGCGGUGCUCAAGAUCGAGGACAGCCUCAUCGGCAUCAUGUCCUGCGCGUCCAAGAUCCUGGCCGGCUUCAUCUACGCCUUCGCCACCACCGUCGGCGUGCUGCUCAUCGCCCCGCUCGUGGACUUCAUGAACGGCACGUCCUUCAUCGCCAUGAGAUCCAUGUCCUCCAAGCUGGUCCCCAGCGAAGAGCUCGGCAAAGUGAAUUCCCUGAUCGGGGUGUGCGAGGCCAUGAUGCCCGUGGUGUGCGGCCCCAUGUACUCCAAGGUGUACCGGCUCACCAUGCAGGACUGCCCGGGCGCCUUCUACCUGGUCGGGGGCGCCAUCACCUUCCCCGCCAUCUUGAUAUUUGGCUGGUUCUACUACGAAUCAAGGAAGUGCCGCCGGAAAAAAGCGCCACCUUAGUCGAAUCGACGAGGCGAUUUUGAACAGUGCGUGCAUAAGAUAAUUGUACUUCAUUCAAAUCCGACGGACUCGAAAUCUAACGUUAGGACAAAUAUAUUAUUAUUGCGAUCGA